CUUCUAUAUAGCUCUAUGUUCGUAAGAGGAGUGAGAGAGAGAGAUUAAAAAUGGAAGAAAUAGAGGUUCAGGUCCCUGCAAUUCUGACCCAGUCCACCAGUGGAAGAAGACGGAGCAGUGUCUCAAACUCGCCCGAAUUUGAGUUCUGGAUGGUCCGGAACCCGUCCGUGCCACAACCCGACCUUCUCUCUGCCGAUGAGCUAUUCUCCCAUGGCGUGCUUCUCCCACUCGACCAUGUCCCGCAGGACCACCGCCCUUCCUCCGAUGACCCUUCCGACCAAACUUCAACAAUAUCUCCCGCAGACCCGUCACGGAAUUCCGGGUCAGACGGACCCGGUAUUUCUCCUGCGGCGGUUAGCUCCUCCGCCUCCUCUGCAGUCAGUACUUCGAAGCGGUGGAGGGAUAUUUUCAGGAAAGGCGAGAAGAAGAACUCAAAGGGCGGAAUCGAGGAGAAAGAGAAGAAGGAGAAGAAGGCCGGCGCGGUUGGGAGUAGUGGGGUCACCGCGGCGGAGCUGAACAUAAACAUCUGGCCGUUUUCUCGAAGCAGAUCGGCGGGUAACGGCGGGACACGGCCGCGGGUCGGGGCUGGAUCUGGGUCGGUUCAUCGGAAGGUGAGUAGCGCGCCCUGUUCUCGUAGUAACUCCGCCGGUGAAUCCAAGUCGAGGAAGUGGCCCACCAGUCCGGUCCGACCCGGGGUCCAUUUGGGUCGGAGCAGCCCGGUGUGGCAGGUUCGUCGCAGCGGCCGGAGCAUCGACAAUCCGUCUAGAUCCACGGAAAACCCCGUUAAACGUGACGGCGACGCUGAUAAAACUGUCAAAAUAGAUAGGAAAGUAUGGAAAGGCGUUAAGAAAGAAGGCAAUGAUGUACGCCGGAAAAACUCCUCGGCGGCGAACGGCGUUGCGGUUAAUGGUGUGCAUAAAGCUAGCAUCCUUAACUUGAACGUACCGAUGUGUAUUGGGUACCGAACCCAUCUAAGUUGUAGAAGUGAAGAGAGCAGCACCAUAACUGCUGCCGCCGCAUGUGACGGCGAUUGUGGUGGCGGAGUUCCUAGUGAAACAGCUCGGAGCAGGAAUAAUUUAUUUGUUCUUCGAAACCUGUUUACCAAGAAAGUGCAGUAUAUUAAAUAGGGUCAGUCUGGAAAGUAAUUAAUUUUAUUUUAAUCGUGUGAUCUAAUUAUUGUAUUUAUCUUUACAGUUGACUACUAUUCUAUUUUAAUGAAUGAAUGCAUUAAUUGAGAGGAUCAGAUGGGAAUGAUGUAGAUAUCUAACUCCCGAUUUGGAGGAAUUUCUGUAAAUUAUUAUUACUCGUAGCUCUUAACUUCUUGUUACUUUCGCAAUUUCUUAAUUCAAAAUGUAUUCUUUUGGAGCGUAAUACGAGUGAUCCCGACGGCGUCAUUGAAUA